AGCACUAAUUAAUCCAAGGCAUAUCCAUCCUGUUAAUCUCAUCCGCCUUAAAGCUAUAUAUACAAAAUAUUAAUGCACAGACAACAAAGUAUAUGAAAAGACAAACACCAUGUGUCUCCUUCUCCGGCAAAUCUAACGCGCUCUCGAAGAUCCGCCUUCGCUCAUCGAUCCUAUUUCUCCGCGCCGCCGCCAGGAUCGGCAUUGCGCCGUCGUCUGGGUUCGCGCUUGGUGGGUUGAUCUUCGAUUCACCGGAAAACGGCCGGAGAGUUGCCGCCGGUGAGGUUACGGUUUGUUCUUCGAGUUCGUCGUCGAUUGGGAAGAACAGCGACGAUGGAUCGGAAGGCAACGACGGCGGCGAAAAUGACGAGGCUCAGAGCUCGUAUAAAGGUCCGUUGGAUGUGAUGAACGAGCUGGAGGAAGUUUUACCCGUGAGGAGAGGGAUCUCGAAAUACUACAACUACAAAUCCAAGUCCUUUACGAGUCUAGCAGAAGCUUCAUCUUCUUCCAACAUUCAGGAGCUUGCAAAACCAGACAAUGCCUACACCCGAAAACGCAGGAACCUUCUUGCUUCCAAUCAGAUGUGGGAGAAGAACCGAACCUCCUUCCCGCUGAGAAGCAACGGCGGCGGAAUUUCAAAGAGACCGAUUCCGUCCAGUCGAAGCGCAUUGGCUUUGGCUGUCAAGUUAGGCAGCUGCUCGGAAAGCAGUACUAGUAGCGCAAGCGAGGAUUCCAAUUCGAGCUCAAAUCCAACGUCGCCGCGGCCGCCUCUCCCACCGGGUUACGCCUGUCCAUUAGGAAGUUAUGCAGCUUGGAGAUCGUAUUCAUUGGCUGAUCUGCAAGAAUGUACCACUGCUACUACUGUAAAUAGUUCGCGUUUCUCGGCGGCCACCACUAAACCGAACGUGUAGAAACCUAACUUGAAUCUUGCCGGUGUUCUUGCCCGCAUCGAAGGAGUUUGCCAUGAUGUCGAGAGGUAUGGUUUUUUUCUUGUCUAAUUUUUAAUUGAAAGUUUAAGGGUAGAACAAUUUGAAGUAUCUGAUGUUAUUUGUACAUACGUUUAAUGAGUAAAAGGACCAUAUAUUACGAGUUCCA